AUGUCUCGUCUUGCUACUCGUGCAACAAACCUUGAUAAGCAUCCUGGUCAGCCUGAUAUAAAGGCAAAAAGAUGCACCCAGGCAGAGAUGAAGGCGGUAAGAAUUGCGGAGGAGAAGGCCAAGGAGGAGAUGCAGCAGGUGCAGGUCAAGAAGUUGAAGAGGAUCGCUAAUCUUGAGGACAGGAUGGCCGAUGACACUGCUAAAAUUGAGGCCAAACAUGUCACGCAAUCAUCUCAGCAGCCUGCGAAACGUUCUCGGGCUUCAGACCCUCAAGCUCUCCAACACACCUAUGCUUCUCUUGAUGUAAUGGAGGACGAUCACGAUAAUGCAGGUGAUCCACUUCAGGAGGUGCAGACGAUGGAAAGAGCUGGACAUGGAGCUGUAGGAGAUGCAUCUGAUGCUGAAGCCUCUGAACUCACAGAUAUCGAGACAGAGAAUGAGCACCCGAAGAAGAAAGCGAAGAAGCAGACCACCAGGAAAGCAAUAGAUGCAGCUCGCAAACAGAAUCUGAAGGAGACCAAGAAGAUAAUGAAGGAGCCUGUCAUCAUUGAGUCGUCCGAGGAUGAGGGCACCGUCAAGAAAGAAGACGCCCAACUGCAUGCUGGGAACUGCAAGGAAGCCAAAGCGCCGGUGCAAUCGAAAGAUAAGAAGAGUGUCAGCGGCCUCUCUGCCAGUGGAACGAUCAAGAACUGGGCGGUGAAUGUAAUCACUUGGAAUCUUUCCUCUAAGGCUGCCGAUAGCCAUCCACCAUCCAUCUCCGGCACUUCUCAGUCUCGUACUGCCACAUUCAAAAUGGCCAGGACCGAGGCAUCUACUUCCACCAAGGUGUCUGGGACUGUCAAAAAGUUAGCAGCUAAGACCGAUGAGAUCAAUCUCAUUGCGAUUGAAUCCGGUGAAGGGAAGAGUACGCUUGACCAGCAAUAUGCAGAGUUCGAACUCAAUAAUAAGCUGGACGAUGGCACACUUGUUAAAUCCAAGAAGCCGAAGUCUACCAAUGCUACCAAUGCUGAUUUACCACCUGGCACGCUGAAGCUCUGGUGGCAGGUGUUUGUUUCGACUCUGGAGUGCUACGUGGGUACUAUGCGGGAUCCCUGGUCGAUCAGUGAUGAAAAGGCUGUGGCGGUGUUACAAUGUGUUUGGGACGCAGUUUUUACCAAAGCAAAGAUUGAGCACAAGGUUACUCGCGAAGAUUUCGUCUGCAAACUGGCCAAUCAGAGGCUCUGUGAAUGGUGUAACAGCUUUGGUUCGACAGUGCUUGUGGUCCUUGAGGAUCUAUUUGGCUCCGAUGAGGAUUUUGAGAUGACCGAACAGCAUGCAAACUUUGCGAAGGUGCUUCUUCAUAAACAGCGAUUUGUAUGGAAUGAUGCUGAUGGUCCAAAUGAAUCUUCAUUCAGAGGUCUCUUCGGCUCACCGCUGGUCUUGCGAACGCUCGCGUACUAUUACAAGUCGACUGAAGGCACGAUCAACAUCCCUGCUCUGUACGCUAUCGAGAUGGGGGAAUCAAACAAGCCCUAUGGUGCAAUCAGGUUAGCUGCCGCUUCAGUGUGUAUGAUCCGCUUCUUUAUGGUCCACUGCAUGAUACCUACUGAACUCAUCUUUACUUGGUUUCACCGCUUUUCUGGCUUCUGUUAA